UGUUACGCAGAGUUCUGUUACUCGUCAGAUUCUGCAGCUGAUUCUGUUCUAUGUUCCCACCGCGCGUUUAUCACAACCUAAAAGGCACUUUAACAGUUUUUAUUUUCAAGUCAUCACACCGUCUCGUCACAGACUCUGACGGGUCACAUAUUCAACCGAUGAAGGAUGAACCGUCAACACGUAACAAAAGUACCAGACCGGCAAAUACGGAAGUGUGAGGGGUGUUUCCAGCUGAUCUGCACAACAGAAGGACCAGAGUGUCCCUCAGCAGCCCGACCUGCCUUCUCCUUUCUGGGCUACCACAGCAGAGCAGACCCGCACCGGCCACCGGCAGGUCUGCAGCGGCGCAGUGAAGGUUUUAUUCGGGAUUAGCUUCAGGUGUCGCCCCCCCUCCCUGCUCUGCGCUCCCUUUAGCCGUCUGCUAGCUGCCGUGAACCGGUGCCGUCGGUAGCUGUUAGCCCGGACUGUCAUGAUCCCAGCUCGGAGAUGGCGUCCUUCCCCGGUUUGUGUAAGGCUGUCGGGCCCGCGGAGGAGGAGAACGGAGAGCUGGACGGCUCUCUGCAGCAGAUGCUGAAGGCCAUCGCCGACGAGAGGAACCGACUGAACAUCCGACAGGAGAUCAGCGGGCUGGGUUGUUUUAAGGAUGACCGCAUCGUGUUCUGGACCUGGAUGUUCUCCACGUACUUCAUGGAGAAGUGGGCGCCCCGACAGGACGACAUGCUGUUCUACGUCCGCAGGAAGCUCGCCUACGUCAGCGCCGACAACACGGAGGGAAAAAAGGUGGAGGUGGAGGUUUACAGGAGAGACUCCAAGAAGCUGCCCGGCCUCGGGGACCCAGACAUCGACUGGGAGGAGAGCGUCUACCUGAACCUCAUCCUGCAGAAGCUGGACUACGUGGUGACGUGCGCCGUCUGCACGCGCUCAGACGCGGGAGAUAUCCACAUCCACAAGAAGAAGUGUCAGGAAGUGUUCGCGUCUCCCAGCAAGCACGCCAUGGACAGCAAAGGAGAGGAGUCCAAGAUGAGCUACCCGAACAUCUUCUUCAUGAUCGACAACUUUGAGGAGGUGUUCAGUGACAUGACGGUGGGCGAGGGGGAGAUGGUGUGUGUGGAGUUGGUGGCGAGCGACAAGAGCAACACCUUCCAGGGCGUCAUCUUCCAGGGCUCCAUCCGCUACGAGGCCCUCAAGAAGGUCUACGACAACCGGGUGAGCGUAGCUGCUAAGAUGGCCCAGCGGAUGUCUUUUGGUUUCUACAAAUACAACAACAUGGAGUUCGUGAGGAUGAAGGGUCCUCAGGGCAAAGGUCACGCAGAGAUGGCCGUCAGCAGGGUGCCGACGGGCGACACCUCCCCCUGUGGCACCGAGGAGGACCAGGUGUCACCGAUGCACGAGAGGGUGACGUCCUUCAGCACUCCUCCGACUCCGGAGAGGAACCGUCCCUCCUUCUUCUCUCCGUCUCUGAGACGUAAAGUUCCCCGAAACCGGAUCGCAGAGAUGAAGAAGUCUCACUCGGCCAACGACAGCGAGGAGUUCUUCAGAGAGGAAGAGGACGAAGAUCUUCACACCACCACCAACCUCCGCUCUCGCUCUCUGUCGGGCACCGGGCGCUCGCUGGUCGGCUCCUGGCUCAAACUCAACCGAGCUGAAGACUACUUCCUGCUCUACUCUCACCUGACCUACGUCACCCUGCCGCUGCACCGCAUCACCACAGACAUCCUGGAGGUGAGGCAGAAGCCCAUCCUGAUGACAUAGCAGAGCCGGAUCCCCUCAGAGCAUCACUACCAAGUGCCUCCUGCAUCAGGCCACUGAGACAACAGCAGCGCCCCCCGGUGUCCAGAGCGAGACCAACAACCAAACACCCGCUUCGGCCGGAGACGAGUCAGAGAGCGACGACCGACAAACCAGCCAUUCGAGAAGUGCCUCUUCUUCUUUUCAGUUCCUGCUGAGUCCGUGCUCGUCUCCACGGAAACGGGCCCGGCGUCGGGAUCACAUGACCUCGGUGUGACAAGGCAUUGGCUGAACUCUGACCGGGAAGAAGGAAGUGAAGAAUGUGUGUUUUCUUGUAAAUAUCCUGCUGCUUUACUCACUGAGACGCCUCGACGGAAGCUUCUGCUUUUAACCACACGUUCUGUUCCACUUUUUCUUUUUUAAUGCGUCUGUUCGACUGGACGAGAGGAGGCGGGAAACGAACCGCUUCACUCCGAUUGGACGAGGUCACGGCAGCCACGUCACCUCCUGUUUAUUCAAACACAUUAACAGUUUCUCUCAUUUAAAAACAUCACGAGAUUCUUCUGCCAACAACAACAACAAGCACAUCCUGAGUGACCAGCCGGCGUUAUUAACUAAUUAUUCAUUAUCCUUUAACCUAAUCAAUGACGGCAGCGUCUGUCUGAUCAUCAGCACGUUCAUUCACUCAGCUGAUGACUGAAGGAGGAUCACAAAACCCCAAAACAACUUUAACUCUGAUUAACUUUGAUGACUUGAACAUUUAACGAGAUGAACCUGCUAAAACUUUAUUCAGCUGGAAAAAUGAAACGACAGGUGAACCAAAAAAAAUCUGAAUUCUAAAAACUUUAUUCAAGUUUUUUCUCAUGAUUUUCCUCCAAAUAUUCAAACUGUCAUCAAACAAUGAAUCCCUCCUUACCUGUUGCUCAGCUGACGAUCAGCUGACUGACGAUCAGCUGACUGACGAGUGAAGGUGAAUCAGUCAGUAACAUGUGUGCAGCAUCUUUAUCACCAUCAGUGCAAACGUCACGUGGUUUCAAACAGGCAGGUGAGGAGAGGUGACGGAGGUGAACAGGGUCACGCCUCCACCCGUCCCGCAGGAGCACCUGGGGACGUUUUUCUGGUGAGACAUUAACUUCAGACGGACGACAGUCGGUUCGUCUAACAGCUUUAAAAUCAGCAGUUGUGAUUCAACGAGUCUGAACCUUCGUGUCAGUUCAGCGUCUCCAGUCUGAGAUCAGGUCCAACAGGCUGGACCCUCUAUCGCAGCCCGAGCUCAGCGUGACCAGGAUCCGAGGCUCAGCUCAUGCUUUUAGUUUGAAGGCCGAUUUUCACUUUUCACCACCGGAAAACCACAAAAAUCCAGCUGUGACUUUUUACUGGCUUUUCUUUACAAACUGCGACUCACAAACUGGAAGUGACUUGAAAAACUACCGAAGGACCAACGUGAGAUGAUGUUAAAGGGAAAACCAGAGGAGGAAGCCACCUGAUUGGAUCCAGAUGUGGAGAAGACAGAUGUUUAAGUUUUUCUCCUGUGAGCUCCUGAAGCCUUAAAUCUGACUCGAGACUCGAACGUUUCUUCUUUGUCUGUGAAACAUUUGAUUCUGUCGGAAACGAGCAGCCGAGGAUCGACUUCAUCCGUCCAGAGUCCGUCACAAGUUCCACAAAGAGCCGUCCGUCACUUCAUCUGAAAAUGUAGUUUUCACCAAAAACUGAACUCUGAAUUUAUUGUUCAAACUUGAUUUUUUGGCGACACUUUGAAAAACAAAUCUUUCAGAAUAAAGUUGUGAUUUCUGGGAAGAAUUCAGAAUGUGACGGGUUUUAAAAGAAAGAAUCAAAUCAGCUUUACUCUCAGAAUAUUUGGACUUUUUCCUCUGAACUUUGGGAACUUGUGACGAGUAUUUUUCAGUUUGUGGACACUUCAAGACGUUUGGAGUGAAAUUAACGGCUCGUUAAUGAAUCCAUCAGUUUAAACUGGAUGUUGCUGAUUUCCUGAUUAAAUCAGUUUCAGCUGGGAAAAUCCAAAUUGAGCUCCCAUCAGAUUCACGCUGAUGUUCCAGGGAUGGAAACAUCUGGAAAUAAAGUUAUUGAUUUGAACAUGAAAAUAUCUCUAAACUUAUGGAUCAAAGGGAAAUCCAACUAUAAUAAUAAUUCUGUUAUUGAUUAUUCUGAUCGAUCGGUUCUUCCUUCUGAAGUCUUCGAUCGACUGUUCUCAGAUCAGAGAAACACAUUCUGAAUCGAUCGAUACUGAUCGGAUGAAGCCAUGAUCGAUCAGAAAAUCGAUUUAAAAGAUUUUGUCUUCACGAUGUGAGAAGUUUGACCUGAUAGAGACUCAUCAGACGCUGAAGCCAGUCAGCUGUUAUCGAUCAGUUAUCGGUGAUUUGCACUCAGACGAAGCCAUCCUCGAUCAAAGUGUUCCCGUCUGUCGUAUUUAAACUUUUCCUUCACGUGUGACGAGUCGAUCGCAGCUCGUCUCCUCAGUAUUGACGAUGAUGACGAUGAUGAUGUAGUUUAUAGAUCCUCCAGCUGAAUGUAUCCACGCUGAUCAAUAGCAAAGAGGCUUUAACUGAGAAACAUUUGAUAUGAGCAUAACGACAGUUUGCACUGUAAAACGCUUUUAGAACCUUUUUGGUCAAAGCUUUUUGUUGACGUCAUCACUUUGAUGCUCUCAUGGCUUUUGUACACAGACACAGUUAACGUGCAUGUUUCCAUCGUUCCCUCUGUUGCUUCGUCUCGGACUCUCUGUACGUUUUCCUGUUUAUUUAUUGAAAUACACGUUAGCAGAAAAACGGA